AUGAAAGUCCAUUAUAUUAAUAUUUUAUUAUUAAAACUUUUACUAAAUAUAUUGGCUCAUAAUCAAAGGAACCUUAAAAGUCCUAUAAAACAUAAAGCAAAAAUACAUAAAAUAUUAUGCGAAUACGAUUUAUAUACGUCCAUUUAUGAUAAUGACCCCGAAAUGAAAUCAGUGAUGGAACAAUUUGAUAGACAAACAUCGAAACGUUUUCGGGAAUAUGACGAAAGGAUGCAUGAUAAACGUAUGAAGUGUAAGGAACAGUGCGACAAAGAAAUACAGCAAAUUAUAUUAAAAGAUAAAAUAGAAAAAGAAUUAAAAUACAAAUUUGGAGCACUACAAACAGAUCUAGAUAGUGACGCUAUCCCUACAUGUGUGUGCGAAAAAUCGUUAGCAGAUAAAACAGAGAAAAUUUGUCUCACUUGUGGAAAGAAUAUGGGAGCAAUUGCACCUUGUUGGGGGUUAGUUAGUGGUGUAGGGUAUGCGGGGUGGCUAAAUACAUCUAUGUUAGUUGCUGCUCAAAAGGGUAUUGAGGCAGGUAUUGCUAAAUCCAUUGAAAUAUUAAAAAAAGAAUUAGGUCUAACUAGUUUAACUCCUACUGAUUGGAAAACACUUAUUACUGCAGAAACAUUUAAUGAUCCAAAUGUACUGUUUUCUUCUAUAAACGAAUUAGGAGAUAAAAUUUGUGUUGCCGCUGAGGAUGGUUUUCAAGGAGACGCUAUAUGUGCUUUCAAAGACAAUAGUGAAUUUACUUUUUUGAGCGCUGUAAGAACACAUACAAAAACUGCUGCUGCACAAGCAGCUUCUGAAGCAACCUCAAUUACAGACGCAGAGGUUUCUGAGGUAACUGCUACAAGUUUUACGUACUCUACAGCUAUAACUGCUUCUAUUGUUGCAAUAGUGGUUAUAGUUUUGGUUAUGCUUAUAAUUUAUUUAAUUUUACGAUAUAGAAGAAAAAUGAAAAUGAAGAAAAAACUACAAUACAUAAAAUUAUUAAAAGAAUAA